CCUCCUCCCUCCACUUAACAAACAGAGUUUUCCAAUAAGCCUGGUCGAGAGAAUAUUUCUGAAUUCUAGAGUUGUUUAAGUUCAAAUAUCAGAGAGGAUUGAGAGAGGGAAACGACAAUGAGAAUGAGAAUGGGGUUUAAGACCAGAGCACUGGCUUUUCUUCUUCUUUUUGUGUCAGAGUUUUGCUUUGGAUUAACAAUAGCUGCUGAAACUCCUAACCUCGGAACGGUGAUUGGUAUUGAUCUGGGCACUACAUAUUCUUGUGUUGGUGUUUACCGAAAUGGUCAUGUCGAGAUUAUAGCGAACGAUCAAGGAAACCGAAUCACCCCAUCGUGGGUCGCAUUCACUGACACGGAGCGUCUGAUUGGGGAGGCUGCAAAGAAUCAAGCAGCUCUCAAUGCAGAACGUACUAUAUUCAAUUUUAAGCGGCUUAUCGGAAGAAGGUUUGACGAUCCCGAGGUUCAGAGGGACAUGAAGUUAUUACCUUACAAGAUUGUGAACAGAGAUGGGAAGCCUUAUAUACAGGUGAAGAUCAAGGAUGGCGAGAUCAAAGUGUUUAGCCCUGAGGAAAUCAGUGCUAUGAUAUUGGGGAAAAUGAAGGAGACAGCUGAAUCAUAUUUGGGGAAGAAGAUCAAGAAUGCUGUGGUAACUGUUCCAGCUUAUUUCAACGACGCGCAGAGACAGGCCACUAAGGAUGCAGGCGUAAUCGCUGGGUUAAAUGUGAUUCGGAUAAUCAACGAACCAACUGCUGCAGCAAUUGCCUACGGUCUGGACAAGAAAGGAGAAGAAAAGAACAUCUUAGUCUUUGAUUUGGGUGGUGGUACAUUUGAUGUAAGCAUCUUAGCCCUCGACAACGGCGUUUUUGAGGUUCUUUCCACCAGUGGAAACACCCACUUGGGAGGAGAAGACUUUGAUCACAGAGUCAUGGAGUAUUUCAUCAAACUAAUCAAGAAGAAGUACAACAAGGACAUAAGCAAGGACAACAAGGCCCUCGGGAAGCUCCGGAGGGAGUGUGAGAGAGCCAAGAGAGCUCUAAGUAACCAACACCAAGUGAGAGUGGAAAUCGAGUCGCUUUUCGACGGUGUUGACUUUUCUGAGGCGUUGACUAGGGCGAGAUUCGAGGAACUGAAUAUGGAUCUGUUUAAGAAGACAAUGGGGCCGGUGAAGAAGGCUAUGGAGGACGCGCGGUUGAAGAAAUCCGAUAUUAGUGAGAUUGUGCUUGUUGGAGGGAGUACCAGAAUUCCUAAGGUGCAACAGCUAUUGAAGGACUAUUUUGAUGGGAAAGAGCCGUGUAAAGGUGUCAAUCCAGAUGAAGCUGUGGCCUAUGGUGCCGCGGUUCAAGGUGGAAUCCUCAGCGGAGAAGGCGGGGAAGAUACUAAAGGCAUUAUUUUGCUCGACGUUGCUCCCUUGAGUCUGGGAAUCGAAACAGUCGGUGGGGUCAUGACGAAACUGAUCCCAAGGAACACAGUUAUCCCGACCAAGAAAUCUCAAAUCUUCACAACCUACCAAGAUCAGCAAACAACAGUUUCGAUAAAGGUGUACGAAGGUGAAAGAAGCUUGACAAAGGAUUGUCACGAGCUUGGAAAAUUCGAACUAUCAGGCAUACCGCCUGCUCCAAGGGGAGUGCCUCAAAUUGAGGUUACAUUUGAGGUGGAUGCCAACGGCAUACUACACGUGACAGCAGAGGACAAGGCAGCGAAGAACAAGCAAACCAUCACCAUCACUAACGACAAGGGACGUCUAAGCCAGGAGGAGAUCGACAGGAUGGUGAAGGAAGCAGAGGAGUUUUCGGAAGAGGAUAAGAAAGUCAAGGAGAGAAUCGACGCCAGGAACAAGCUCGAAACCUACAUUUACAACAUGAAAAGCACCGUUAACGACAAAGACAAACUCGGCGACAAGAUCGAUUCAGACGACAGAGACAACGUCGAGAGCGCGUUGAAGGAAGCCUUGGAGUGGUUGGACGAUAACCAGAACGCGGAGAAAGACGAGUUUGAGGAGAAAAUGAAGGAAGUGGAAGCUGUAUGCAAUCCUGUUAUUAGACAGGUUUAUGAGAAGAGCGGCAGAAGUUCUACCGGUUCAGACGACGAAGAGUCGAACGAUGAGUUGUAGAAACAAAAACUGCACUACAUUUUCACCUCUUUUACUUCUUCUUUUCCCUUUGCCAAUACUUUGAGAGAUUCAUGUUGCUGCAACAAGGUUAGUAUGGUAGGUUAGUAGAUGGUAAAAUUUGUUUUCUGUUUACGGUAGAAAGCUACUUCUGUGGUAUGAGGUUUAUGGAUGGAAUUUGACAUUGGGGUUUGACUAGGUGGAAUUUGUUUAAGGUUUUG